CGCGUAUCGUUCCUGGCCACUGUGUACCUUAUUUUACCGAAGCUGGCGCUUCAGGUGCCCGGGCAUCUCACGCAUACCGGAAAGUAUCGGUGAAAGCACAAUUUUCUUUCUACCAUUCGGUUCGAUCCCGUGACAGUUUAGCGUCGAUUACUUUCGACGCGAUCCGCAAUCGAAAGGAGAAGUUUCGAAGUGUCUCGUGUCAGACAUGUGGAUUCUUCUUCCGAUUGUCUCUCUGUUGGUGCACUCGAUCGUGGGAAAACCCGCCAUUCGCGGCGCCCUGUCGGACCUAACCCAGCUGGACAAAAAAAGUAACGGGCUCCUUUACAAUUGGGGCGAAAGAUCCGUGAUCAACGCAUCGAAAAGAUGGAAAGAUGAAUCGUUCAAAGCGAAAAGGACGAAAAGGCAAUCCGAACAGGACGUGGUUGUAUCCGAUGAACGAGAAGAAAACAGUAACUUCGAUAACGCGCAGGACAGUGAAAGAUUCAACUACAAUCGCGCGACCGACUCGAACGUAAGGAUCGUCGAAAGAAAAAGGAAAGGUACAGGAUCAUGGUUUAAGCGUUUGGUUCCGGAAUUUGAUGAAUUCCCCUCUCGGGAAAAUAAUGACUUGAUAUACGGGUGGGGAGAUGUGAAAAUGAGGGAUCGUAAACCGAUUCGUCAGUUGUUUUACCCCGGCAACGGUAAACGAGAAAAAUCGGAUUCUUCAGCGAAUAUUCUCAACCGAACGGUACGAGAGAAGUCUGAGAAAAAACAUCAAGGAUUUUACAUGUGGUCUGGGAAGAGAGCAGACCAAGAACUCGAUCGAAAGCGAUUUAUCCUAAUGGUAGAACCUUCGCCAAUUGGCGCUAAUAUAUCUGGCAUCAUGCAAGAUGGAAUUGCGAGCGAAGAAGAGAUUGGAAGAAUCGCUAACAAAAACAACGUGGCACGAAAAAAGAGCAUUUUACGCAUAAAUAAUGAAAAUGAUUACGCGCAGAGGGAAGAAGUUGCCAACAACGAUAACGAUUGGAUAAUGCCAAUAGCUGACAAGAAAACACUCUAUGGACAAAUCAAGGAAAUAGCACUCGAUCGGUCGGAAGGGAAAAGAAAUAAAAAAACGCGCCAGUUUCGUUUCAAGAAUCAAUAGUUCGAUGUUCCCGCCAAUUCUGCAAAAGGAAGAACGUCUUCCUUUCCUCGAGUGGAUAAAACAGACCCGAAACAUUAUUCUAGCAACUUUUUUUUUACAGUUAACAAUGAAUUGAACUUUUCUCGAAUAAGUUCGUUAACGAUUUAAUAUAUUUGUCGAUUCGUCUCUCUUGUAACUAUUUUUUAAAAACAUCUGAUACGAGACGUUCAAAGAUCAAAAGGUCUAAGAUUACGACGAAAACAAAAACUGUUUUUCACUUCACUUAUUACGCAAUUAUUUAAUGCAUAUAGUGCAAAAUUUAAACAAAAACACGAAAUACAUCGAGCGAUAUAUUAUAUGUAAAUAAAUGGGUGAUCGAGAUCAUUUUGGGUUUGUGUAUACAGUUACAUUGUGUAUAUUGUGAUAUAUUAUUGUAUACUUGA